GAAUCCGAUGUGACGCAUCUUGCGUAGAGGCUGCACAGAAUACAGGGCACCAUUCCCUUAAAUAAACCAAGCGCACCACUGCCCAUGCGCGCUCUGCAGAGGACGUUCUUAUCUCCUCAUCCCUAUUCCCAUAAUCGUUCACAAAUACCCCGGCGGUGGAUUCAUUCUUCACACAUUCAGGUGAAGAAGAUGUCCUACAGUGCCAUGCUCGCCUUCCUUUCGGCCCUUCCAAUCUCUCUGGCAUGGGAUGCAUCAAGUACAAGAGAAGAAGCCCAGAUUGUGUGUGCUGGGAGGGAAUUUCGUCUGCCGGUUUACUCCUCAUCCAGAACGGUGACUUUUACACCAAACCCAGAGGGGCCGCGCCGCGUCCUGCUGGACAAAACCAUUGUGAAGGACCCGCGGUUUGAGUGGACCAGAGACAGGAUGCUGGUUCUGAGAGAAGUGACUCACAGUGAUCAGGGACUUUAUGCCAUCAAACUGGUCUCUGGAUUUACCUACGAGGCCGUUCGUUUGAUUGUUUCAGAAUGCAUCAAGUCCUACCACGGAAAGUACGGGGAUAAAUUUGAGCACAGCAUCCCCGAAAACGGCUCCUUGCUGGAGUUCUCCCCCCGGGGUGCUCCCCCGGAGGCCAUGCCGGUCGUCCUGUGGAACCGGACCGACCCAGUGACCAGCGACGCGGGCCGAGGGCGGUUGCGUGGAGGGAAAGUGUGGGUGGCCGAGAGAGUGACGCAAGCGGACCAGGGCAACUACACUGUGAGGGACAGCCAGGGCAAGGUCCUGUACCGCAGCUCUCUCACUGUCCGCGAGCACUCCUUCAAUGUCACCCGCUUUACCAAGGAGUCUCUAAACCUGCCCCUCUUUCUUCCUGUCCCGCAUGUCCACCUCAUUUUUACCCCUACCCGAUUCCUUGACGAAUCCUCCCCGGGCCCUUUUGACCACAAGCCCCCCCGUGGCCCAGUGCAGCUGAUCCGUGAGGGCCAUAUAAUGGACCACGACAUGCGCUACAGGGGCCUCAUCUCGCUGGUCAGGAAUGGCAGCAUCAACGAGGUCGCCAUAGUGAGGCUGAACUCAAGGCACGACGGGUUUUAUGAAAUCAGGGAUGUGGUCGGCAACCUGGUAUCCUCCACCUGGCUGCAGGUGAUUGAAAAGGGAGGCAGAUGGCGAGCACUUCUCAGGUCCAUCACUGUGCCUUCUGGCUUGUUUGUGUCGCUGGUCGGUUUCAUCCUGUUCAUGAGGCGAUACCCAAACUGCAGCCUGUCGCAGCUCGUCGCUAUCCUCAGAAUAAACCGCGUCCCUCCAGCCAACCCUCCGAGGGUGAACAUCCAGGAUUACAGCCGGCCGAGCCCUCACCCCUCAAGCUACCACACUCACGCUGAACCGCCUGUAACGCCAAGAAAAUGUACCCCCAGAGCCAGUCCUACUCAUACUGGUUUCUGUCCAGUUAUGGUGGGAACUGCAAGAGCUGAGAAUCAGGAAGCAAACACGUCGGCAGCAACGAGCUCCCCUCUUCAUAAUUCCACCACUGAGCCGGACUCAUCUCACUACAAUGAGGAAGAGAGAAGGAUUUCCUUUUUGAUGCCCGGGGCUUCAGACUGUCUCCACUCCUCUGAAGACUGUGUUAAAUUCCAGAUAAAAAAAGACAAGGAUAAUGGCAGGAGGAGCACAUCACGAGGUUACUUUUCCACACUGCCACUAGACAGGGACACCUCUGACUCCUGCAGUGUUUACACCUCAGAGAAACUGAACUUCUUAUAAAACACAGAACUCGAGCUGAAGGAAGAAGACGAAAGAAGAAGAACAAUAAGAUUUGGAGGAACUACAGUAUUGAAUUCUGAAAAUAAAUACCCCACCUGUGCCUUUUGCAUAUUAGCCUAAUUUUAAUGGUCUGGUAUGAUAAUUGCAUGCCCUUUUUUCAUCUUUUUAUUGAGUUGAGCAGUAGCUGACCUGUCUCCUAUUACACAUUUCUUGACACUGAUGAUGGUGCUCCUGAAAUACCCUGCUGUUACCUACCUCCAGACCCUCAGGACCAGUAUGAUCUGCACUGUAUUUGCUGAGUAUUGGUACGCAUGUGUUUGUGAUGUGACGUCUAGGGCUACAUAGAAAUAAGAGUUGCGAUUCAAAGGUUUACAGAAGGGAAUUUUAAAGUACUGUACAGUAAUAGAGAGAUUGUUUAUGUUUUUUCCAUCCACCAUUUCCAAAUGCAACAAUUAAUAUCAUGUUCAAUGUCUGCUCAGCAGUUCAGUGGUUUUGCUGUGGUAGUGUAUUAACCCUCGAGGUAAUUGUAGUAAUAGCUUUGUGAAUUGUAACAUGAUCUACAACAUAUUCCAAUAGCCUAUUGUUCUAUGAAUUCUGUGUAAAGGAUAAUAUUAUCACCGAAGCGAUUAGACUUUGGCUUGUGAUAUUUUUAAGCGUCAAAAACGUUACCUCUUAGACAAUAAAUGAAUCUUUAACACACA